UUUCGAUUUGUGUUGUGUUUCCGUUGUUGUUCGUGGAUUUUGCAUAUUAUUAUUUUUGUCAAUGUAGGCAUCGAUGUAUUGAUUUUGUCUGCUUUUCAACUUAAAUCUGAACCAAACGAAGGACAGAUGGCUGAGAGAGGUACUGAGCCACAAAACUGGAGGGAUGGUAGGACACUAACACAGUGUAAUCGCUACAUGCUGGAGCAGGAAAUCAGCUGUGAUGUGCACUUCAUAGUCGGACCAAACGACGACCAACAGCGUAUUGGCGCUCACAAAUACAUGCUAAUGACCAGGAGUGAUGUGUUUUUCGCCAUGUUUGAGGGUCUUAUGGCUGAGGAAAACAGCUUGGUCACAAUUCCUGACAUUGACCCAACUACCUUCAAGAAAAUGUUAUUGUACAUUUACUGUGAUGAUACAGGAGUAGAUACAGACGAAGCCUUUCCUCUGCUGUAUGCCGCCCAGAAGUACAACAUACAGGGCCUGGUAAACCGGUGCGGCCAGCGAAUGCGGACGGGAAUCUCCAGGGAGAAUGUAUGCCAUAUUCUGAUAAACACAUUCCUGUGGCAUGAAGAAGAAACAAAACAGGCCUGUGUGCAGUACAUCAACCUCCAUGCAUCGGAUGUGUUUUCAACAGAAGGGUUCACAGAUUUGCCAGAAGAAUCUCUGAUCGAGCUACUGCAACAUCACAAGUUAAAUAUACAAGAAGAGAGAAUAUUCGAGGCAGUUAUAAAAUGGGCAGAUGAAAAAAUCAAGAGACAAAAUUUAAGGGUCGAUGCUACCAACAGGCGCAACGCCCUGAACAAAAUUCUGCCGCACAUUCGUUUUGCAAGAAUGGACGUGGCUUACUUCUCCGAUAAGGUCACCCAUAAAGGUAUUCUGACUACUUCAGAGAUUGUUAAGUACUUUCAAUUCUUGACCACAAAAAAGGCUGACCCUCCAGAACCUCAGAGAGAACAGAGACUUGUGUUUGAAAGAUUUAAGGGGGUCUUAAGUGGUAAAGGUUAUUUCCGUGGCAACACAGACGCUAUCUCCUUCAUGCUCUCUGAAGAUGCCAAGCUACACGAGGUUUUGGUCUAUGGCAGCUGCAUGAAUCAAGCUUUGUAUAAGAUGAACCUGAGAGUUCUAGAAGAUGGUGGUGCUGAAUUGCAUUUGAAGGUAUUUGAUUUGAGGACUGAUGGCUCUACGAAAACCUAUCCACUUGGGAUAGUGCCUCCUGUUCUGGUGAAAAAAGAAGUCUGCUACUCGUUAGUAAUGGAAAUCACAGGCCCAGCUAGCUACUACGGACAAGAUGGAGUUGAAAGUUUGACCAAGGAGGAAGUGACAAUAACUUUCUGUACCAAUAAAGAAGGACUGAAUGGCACAAAUAUCAAACAAGGACAAUUCCAUAGCUUAGUCUUUGAAAAGAUACAGUCAAUAAUGACUUACAGUUAAACCUAGAUAUAAUGCCCCCCAUUUCAUUUACCGCCAACAUAUCUCUGUCCCUUUUUCUCGUUUUCUUAAGAACCACUUUAUACAUUUCCCUCAAUUUAUCGCCAAUCCCCUUUAUAACGCCAAAAUUGCUCUGGACAAAUGGUGGCAGUAUAAUGAGGUUUUACUGUAUUGAGAACAUGUACAGUAAAACAUGUUUGUAACAAAACCAAGGGUAAUUAGUUUUAUUAUAGAUAUAAUGCCUUAUAUGUUUGAAGUCCAUGAGAAAUUCCUGCUAUGGGACAUGAUUUGCAUAACUGUGUUCAUCCUAAUAGUAUUUAAGAGGUCCAUCCUUUAUAAGUGACAUAAAUCCUGGUGUAAAGCCAAGGAAAUAGCGAGGUGGUUG